AUGGCCAAGGCUUCAUCUCUCAAACGAGGAGUGUCGUCCCAAAGGGGCCUUCUGGCUUCGCUAUGGUCGCUUGUAACAGUAAUGACAGUAUUAGCUUUCAUAGUUGCUCUCAUCUUUACAUUUGCUGGGGUACAAGAAGGCGACUCCUAUUCCAACCGAAACCAGAAUACGAACGAUCAAGACGCGAGCGAUCCAAAAGUGGCAGUGACGAGUCGAGGCAUGGCUGUAGCGGCUCUCUGGACAGCUGUUCUGGCUACUCUAAUCUCAAUUUUCGGGACUGUCAUUCUGGGAUGGCAGUCGCCCACAGGACGGUAUUACAGUUGCUGCUCCACAAAGGUACACCAAACAAACGCACUGUCCCUGGGCAGUUUCAUCGGAACCGUUUUUAUGUUCGCGAAUCUGACCUUCAUAUGUGCCAUUCUGUUCGGAGAAUUCGAGAUUCGUGACCGAUGCGGAGAAGGAGAAGGACGGAAACGAGAUGGCGUAGCAACCGCUUCAGCGGUCGCACGGUCGUCGACGGCCUUCAGCAUAGCGUGCCUCUUCCUAACGCUCCUGUAUGGGGGGUUCGUCUCCAUUUUGUUUGUCUAUUCCGAGAGCAUUUUGGAGGAACUGACAGCCGUCGAAAAGGAAGAUUUGCACAACGCAAGGUGUAUCCAUUCCGCAUCGCCAACUCCAUUUGCAACCGCCUACACCGGCUACAUUGGAGAGCGAUUCGAUGUACGACGAAAUCUAGGCAGUAGUGCUGCUGGCUUACUGUUAAUGACUCCUAAACCGGCGAACUGCUUAUCCGAUGGUACACCGUUUUUGGCAGCUCAGUUUGUAGCAGCUCUAGAUUCUUUGAAUUUGAAUCCGCUUUCCACCACGUUGUACUUGAAUCCGAGUUGGAGUGUGACCUACAACCAUCUCUCAGUCCCAGGCUACUCUCAGCGCAAUGACUUUCACAAGGAAAUUGUUUCCUGA